UAAAUAAUGUGCACAAACCUCUUUACUCUUCCAGAUGGAGUUCAUUGAUGUCAGUCAGUUAUCCUUCAUCCAUGACCUGGGACCAAAAGGCUUGGAAGGGAUGGUGCUGAAGCGCUCCGGCGGCCAUCGGAUCCCCGGGUUUAACUGCUGUGGUCGCAGUAAGAUGUGCUACCGCUGGUCCAAACGCUGGCUCGUGGUGAAGGACUCGUUCCUGCUGUACAUGAAGCCGGACUCGGGCGCUAUCUCCUUUGUGAUGCCGUUCGACAAAGAGUUCUGCAUCAAGAUGGACUCCAAAGAGACUGAGACCAAACACGGCGUCCGCAUCGACAGUCUCUCCAGGUCGUUAGUACUGAAGUGCACCAGCUACAGACACGCCCGCUGGUGGGGUCAGGCCAUCGAGGGCUUCGUACAGAAGCACGGCUCGGCGUUCCUCAAAGACCACCGCUUCGGAUCCUUCGCCAGAGAGGAGGAGAACAUCCCUGCCAAGUGGUAUGUGAAUGGUAAAACAUACAUGGAGGAUGUUGCCAAUGCUCUUGAAGAAGCCAGAGAGGAAAUAUUCAUCACGGACUGGUGGUUGAGUCCAGAGAUCUUCCUGAAGAGGCCUGUUGUGGAGGGAAACCGCUGGCGUCUGGACUGCAUACUGAAACGCAAAGCUCAACAAGGAGUGCGUAUCUUUGUGAUGCUGUAUAAGGAGGUGGAGUUAGCUCUGGGCAUCAACUCAGGAUACAGCAAGAGGACGCUGCUCCACCUUCACCCCAACAUCAAGGUGAUGCGUCACCCGGACCACGUCUCCUCCGCCGUCUACCUGUGGGCGCAUCACGAGAAGAUCAUCGUCAUCGACCAAUCGGUGGGCUUCGUUGGCGGGAUCGACCUGGCGUACGGUCGCUGGGACGACAAAGAGCACCGGCUGACGGAUGUUGGGAGUGUGACGCUCUCGCAGGCUGAAACUUCCCCUGCCAACAUGACCCCCCCGGCCAACGGCAGUGGCGGCGUCUCCCACGGCAACGGGAAGAACAUUUUCACGGUGACGGACUCGGUUGACCAGCCGAAGCUGAAGGGUCAGGGGAGGAUGAAGAGGACGAGGUUCAGCAUCAAGAAACACCUGCAGAAACACGGCCUGGCUCAUCCCGACAGCGACAGCGACGCCGAGCCCGAAGAGAGGAGUGGUUCAGUGCGGAGUCUGCACACAGGUGUGGGAGAGCUGUUUGGAAACACGCGGUUCUGGCACGGAAAGGACUACUGCAACUUUGUGCACAAAGACUGGAUCCAACUGGACAAACCGUUCGAUGACUUUAUAGACAGGCACACCACUCCUCGGAUGCCUUGGCACGACAUUGCUUCGGUGGUUCACGGAAAGGCUGCUCGGGACGUGGCGAGACACUUCAUCCAGCGGUGGAACUUCACAAAGCUCGUGAAGCCAAAGUAUCGCUCUCUGUCGUACCCGUAUCUGCUGCCCAAGUCUCACACCACCGCCGGAGAGCAGCGAUACCAAGUCCCCGACUGCACCCCCGCCAAAGUCCAGAUCCUUCGUUCAGCUUCUGAUUGGUCUGCUGGCAUUAAAUACCACGAGGAGUCCAUCCACAACGCCUACGUCGAGACCAUCAAAAACAGCCAAUACUUCAUCUACAUAGAGAAUCAGUUCUUCAUCAGCUGUGCAGACAACAGGCAUGUUUUCAACAAGAUAGGAGACACGAUUGCCGAGCGCAUCAUCAAAGCAUAUAGGGAGGGUAAAAAGUACCGUGUGUACGUGGUGACGCCUCUGUUGCCUGGCUUCGAGGGCGACAUCAACACCGGAGGGGGCAGCGCCAUCCAGGCUGUCAUGCACUUUAACUACAGGACCAUGAACAGAGGGGACCAGUCCAUCAUCUCACAGCUCAGGAAAGAGAUGGGAGAUCAGUGGAUGAACUACAUCUCCAUCGCUGGUCUGAGGACUCACGCUGACCUGGAGGGGAAGCUGGUCACCGAGCUCAUCUACGUCCACAGCAAGAUGCUCAUCGCCGACGACAACACCGUCAUCAUCGGUUCUGCUAACAUCAACGACCGCAGCAUGCUGGGAAAGAGGGACAGCGAGGUGGCGGUGAUCGUGGAGGACUCGGAGACGGUGACGUCGGUGAUGGACGGACAGGAGUACCAAGCUGGAAAAUACGCUCUGAAGCUCCGACUCGAGUGCUUCAAGAUGAUUCUGGGUGCAAACACUGAUCCCUCCAUCGACGUGUCCGACCCCAUCAGUGACCAUUUCUACAAGGAGGUCUGGAUGGCCACCUGCGCUAUUAACGCCACCAUCUACCAGAGGGUUUUCCGCUCUCUGCCGUCGAGCGACGUCCGAAACAUCCUGGAGCUGGAAGGCUACCUGGCCAAGCUGGGCCUGGAAAAAGAGGAUCCGGCCCGCGCUCACGAGGAGCUGAAGAAGAUCCGCGGCUUCCUCGUCCAGUUUCCUCUGCAGUUCCUGAGCGAGCAGAACCUGCUUCCUCCCAUCGGCUCCAAGGAGGCCAUGGUGCCGAUGGAGGUCUGGACCUGAGAGGGCAGGACUCACCUGUGCAUUCAUGUGUUCACGCUUGUGGAAGGCUGGCAGGUCGAUGACGCUCACUCUGGUGCCAUUUUAGAGCUGCUAGUGUCUGAAAACAGUAGGACCUGGAUUAGAGAAGUUAGAAUAUAGUUAUUUACUCCAUUAAAAGUCAUUUAUUUUCAUCAACAGCUAAUAACAGUUCUGGUAACAUCUGCCUGUAUCAUUGGCAGAGGUUUGUAGUCGAGGUGGUUGAAACAUUGGUGUCUUACCAAGGAAGAAAGAGGGAUUUUCUGCACUAAGUAGACUCUGCCAGGCAGCAGUUUCUCCCAAGCUUUGCACUGUGGUUCUGUAUCGAGCCACAGAACAUUUUCGACCUAUUGAAGGUGUUAUAAUAUCCAAAUAAUUGAACUUGAACUUGAAUUUAAACAUGCAAUUCUAGAGCGGCUUGGAUUAAGCUGAAACCUCAGAAUAACGUCUUCCACUGAGACUAAACCCAGAGUUUAAUAUGAACGUUUUAUAGGAGAGACUCAGACGUUUUACUGCCUGAAAAUUAUCAUCACAUGAUCAACAUUAGCAGCCAAAAAAUGGCCUCCAAAGUGGCGUCAGACUUGUGACAGAGCCUCUGGACCAUCAGCACCACUGAAUGCACAAAGGUUACCAUCACACCUGCUUAAAUUACAUACAUGUACUGUAUAUGCACCAA